UUUCUGUUUCCUACUUCCCCAGUCUUGGAAAACGAACGCGUGAAACUCGUGCCAUUUGAUAUCUCCGUCCACCCAAAACUGCACGUCGAUGCCGCUCCUCCAGCUUCUUUCUAUGAUUUCCUCCCUGUCGGCCCGUUUACCAAUGAGCAAGAACUCAUCACGUCGUUUUGGGAGAAAAGAAUCAAAAACGGCGCGGGGGAAACCGCAUUCGCCGUUUACGAUAAGUCCAAAUCUGAACACGCCUACGCGGGGAUCAUCACGUACAAAAACUCCUCCGUCGAGGAUCUAGUGACAGAAAUUGGCUUCGUGAUGAUCUUACCAGCAUUUCAGCGGACUCAUGUCACAUCUAACGCUGUCGGGAUCCUGAUGAAUUACGCACUAAACCUUCCUGCAGAUGGUGGAUUAGGUCUGCGGCGAGUUGUCUGGACGGCAAACGCAUCGAACGCGCCUAGUAUGGUAACAGCGAAGAGGUUGGGAUUCCAGAUGGAGGGCGUGAUGAGGUGGGCCAACGCCUGGCCCGAAACAAAGAUUCGUGGGUCUGGAGGGGUCAGGGUCAGGAAGGAAGAUUCCAGGGCUGAAGAGUUCGCGUACGGACGGAAUUUGGCAGUCCUGAGUGUCUGUUGGGAUGAUUAGGAGGCGGGAGUGAAGGCGAAGGUGAAUGCGAAGAUGGCGAGGACAAAGUGAAGUCACAGGAUCGUUCGUAUGAAUAAUAUAGAAACACACGUUCGCAGCAACAUUCGCUUUCUCUGCCAUUUUUCCAUCCUCAAACAGCCUUGAGGUUUGUUGGAGACAUUGACCUUAAGAUCAGUGCAGUCCGG